CCAGCCACACUGAUGCAAGUAGCUCAAAAAAAUGAUAGGCAAAUAAACCCACAACAAGUUGUAGAUUCUCGGACGUUGACCGAAAAAAAAAUCAAGGCCACAUAAAAUGAUAAAAGUAUAGGAAGAGCGUGUACAAAGUUGCGAAAAUAUUCUCAACGGUUUGCUAUUUAAAUUAUGUCCUACUGCGCAUUCUUGCAUACCCCGCUGUAAACAAACUGGAUCCCACUGUCCAUACAAAGUGUUAAUUUAUAUUUUUCAUGCUAAAACUAAUUUAAGUUACAUUUAUUGGAAAUAAAGUUCUUUAAUACAUACUAAAUGUCAAUCUAUAGCUUGGAAAAUUAAUUUAGACUUGCUUGAUUUCUUUAUGGUUUAUGCUAAAAAAUAAAUAAUUCAUACACAAAACUGAUAAAAAUAGCAACUAUUUUUAAGUUUUUAAACUUCACAUUCGUGUGAGCUGGAAGAAAUCACUUUAUUUUGUCUGUCACUGGAUGUUGUAAAUAAUAUCACCCACAACUUCCAAUCCAUCUCACGAUCCUCCUCAUAAACACGUAUUCCCAAAACGGCCAAAACACUUAAAUUAUUUGCUCAAUAUCACUUCUUCACAACUUAUUAAAUGGCUAAUAAGAAAGGAACAAACAAAACAAAGGAUUCUCUUCAAGCUGCAGAAAGUGAUGACCAACAAAGGCUAAGAUUCCAAGUCGAGCUUGAAUUCGUUCAAUGUCUUGCAAAUCCAAACUACUUGCACUUUUUGGCUCAACGUGAUUUCUUCAAAGAUCCGUGUUUUGUAAAUUAUCUCAAAUAUUUACUGUAUUGGAAGAAGCCGGAAUAUGCAAAGUUCUUGAAAUACCCGAUGUGCUUAUAUUUCCUUGAUCUACUUCAAAGCGAAGAAUUCCGACGAAAAAUAGUCACCGCUCCAUGUUGUAAGUUUAUUGAUGAUCAAGCAAUUCUAUUGUGGCAACAUUACACAAGAAGACGAACGAAAAAUCUCGAGCAGCAACAUUUUUUGCACAACCCACCAAGAAACCAGCCAAAUCCGCAACAAAAUCAAAACGGAACAUCUCAAAAAAUGAAUUAAUAAAUUUUAAGAAGAAAAUAAUUUUUUUUAAUAAAGUUUUUCAUUAAAAGUGAAAUGUUUUCGUGUCAUUACUA